GCGCUUAUGAGUAAAUUCUAUCUCCAAUGAUUUUUCUGGUGAUUCCAUAGAAAAUACUGGAAGAAUAUAUAAAUUAACUCCAGAUUGUGUUUGUUAAAUUUUCCUGCGGACGGAAUAUAUAAUAUAUAAGUAUCAAGAAGGAACACUGACUUACGUAAAAAAUUAAGAUACCGAUAUGACUACGUGGGGAGGAAAUCAGUAUGCCGAUCCGAACCAAGGUUACUACGGUGGCCAGCCGGGCGGUUACCCGAACGCCCCGCCGCCUGGUGGUUACCCGCAGGGCGGCGCCUACCCUGGGGCAGGUUAUCCGGGUGCGCCGCCCGCCGGUUUCGCACCGCCGCCCCAGCCGCAGGGUUACCCGCCCUACGGCCAACAGCCAGGAUACCAACCGCCGCCGUCGUACAACUCUACCGAUCCCUACGGCCAAGGUGAACAGUUGCCGCUCAAUUGGCAGACAGGCUACGGUUAUGGAGGCGCCAACAAUUACGGCGGCGAAGAUCCGGAAGUGAAGGGCUUCGAUUUCAACGACCAGAGCAUCAGACGAGGCUUCAUCCGCAAAGUCUACUCGAUCCUUAUGGUGCAACUGUCCAUCACGUUGGUCUUUAUCGCAUGGCUGGUCUACCACAAGCCGUCGCAAAAGUUCGUCCAUAGCCAUCCUGAGCUGUUUAUCAUUUCGCUGGUGGUCGUAUUCGUGGCGCUGAUCGUGCUGGCGUGUUGCGGCGAGGUGCGCCGCAAAGCACCCAUGAAUUUCGUGUUCCUGUUCAUUUUCACGUUUGCCGAGGCUUUCAUGCUGAGCGUCACCGCCUCCACUUACAAGUCCGAGGAGGUGGUGAUGGCGGUUGGUAUUACGGCCGUUGUUUGCCUGGGCCUCACUCUGUUCGCAUUCCAAACUAAAUGGGAUUUCACGAUGAUGGGUGGCAUUUUGUUCGUGGCGGUUUUGAUCCUCUUUGUUUUUGGCAUCGUUGCUAUUUUCGUUCACAACAAGAUCGUCCAGAUGGUUUACGCUUCUUUAGGGGCACUGAUUUUCUCCGUCUACCUUAUUUACGAUACGCAGCUCAUGAUGGGUGGUAAACACAAGUAUUCCAUUUCACCGGAGGAAUACGUAUUUGCCGCUUUGAACUUGUACAUCGAUAUCAUUAAUAUUUUCCUGUACAUUUUGAGCAUUAUCGGCUCGUCACGCGAUUAAUUUUUUUAAAAUUUUCUUGUUCAAAAGUUAUAUCUACUCCUAUACUGUAUAUGUAUAUAUUUUGUUUUAUUUUGUAGUUUAGAAUAAAGUAUUUGUUGCAUUAUUGUUGUUAAACAUGUUUUGAAUGGUUUGGGAAGACGAAAACAGAGUUUUUAAGUUUUAUAUUGCACAGAUUGUAUAGAAAAGGAGAUACUAUCAAUUUAUUAUUGUAUCGAUUGAUUGAUUAUUAUUGUAUUGUAUUGAUUAAUAUUUUCAGGUAAUAAUUAAAAGCUUUUAAUCCACUAAUAGUUUAACAAGUUUAAAUGGCUUGUAACGACAAUAAUAAAUUGUAUUCAUGUCUUUCUGAGCUGUUGCUAUGUUUAUAUAUUGCAAAAGCAUAUUUAAAACCUUUAUAUGUUAUUAAAAUUAACGAUUUAGUAGAGUAUAGGGAGAAAAUUAUCGUAACUUUGGAUUUGUGACGAAUGUGUCAAGUAUUAGAUUUUAAUAAAUUGACUGAAGUUGUACUUUUGUGAUAUGGAGGCUUGAAAGUUGCAAUUUCGUUAUUUAAAAGCUCUAGAUCACGUAAUAAGUAAUGUAAUAAUAUAGUAAUUUAUAACAUAACUUAUAUGUAUAUUGUAUUUUCCAUGUAUGUAUGUAUGUAUGUUAUUUGCACUUAAUAAAGAAUAAAUGCUCA